UAAAAAAACAAGACAAAAGAAAAGCAAAAACCCUACUCUGUUUCUCUCUGCCUCUCUGUUCCACUGUCAGUAGCCGUUGCCUCCCGCUCCGCCGGCGCAGCUAUUCAAACACCAUUUCUCUACUGCUUGUCCAGUUGCUUUUUGAGUCUCUCCUCAAUCUAUACUUAUCUUUGGUUGGUACUUGACACAACAUUUCUGUCAAAAUGAAGAAAAUGAUAGCCCUUGGUUUUGAAGGAUCAGCUAACAAGAUUGGUGUUGGGGUUGUGACAUUAGAUGGCACCAUUUUGUCAAACCCACGCCACACCUACAUUACCCCACCUGGCCAAGGAUUCCUUCCACGAGAAACUGCUCAACACCAUCUCCAGCAUGUGCUUCCACUGAUUAAAUCGGCUUUAAAAACAGCCCAAAUUACCCCUGAUGAAAUUGACUGCCUUUGUUACACCAAGGGUCCCGGUAUGGGUGCACCGCUACAAGUUUCCGCCAUUGUUGUUAGGGUUCUUUCGUUGCUAUGGAAGAAGCCCGUUGUUGCAGUUAACCACUGUGUUGCACAUAUUGAGAUGGGAAGGAUAGUAACUGGUGCAGAUGAUCCAGUUGUGUUGUAUGUUAGUGGUGGGAAUACUCAGGUUAUAGCGUAUAGUGAAGGGCGAUACAGAAUCUUUGGGGAGACUAUUGACAUUGCUGUUGGGAAUUGCUUGGAUCGGUUUGCUAGAGUUUUAACCCUCUCAAAUGAUCCAAGCCCUGGAUAUAACAUUGAGCAGCUAGCAAAGAAAGGAGAAAAGUUUAUAGAUCUUCCAUAUGUGGUCAAAGGGAUGGAUGUAUCCUUUAGUGGAAUAUUGAGCUACAUUGAAGCUACUGCAGAGGAGAAGCUAAAAAAUAAUGAAUGCACCCCUGCAGAUUUGUGCUACUCCCUUCAGGAAACUCUAUUUGCAAUGCUUGUGGAGAUUACAGAACGAGCUAUGGCUCACUGUGAUACGAAAGAUGUUCUCAUAGUUGGUGGUGUGGGUUGCAAUGAGCGCUUGCAAGAGAUGAUGAGGACAAUGUGUUCUGAACGAGGUGGUAGAUUGUUUGCAACUGAUGACAGGUACUGCAUUGACAAUGGAGCAAUGAUAGCAUAUACAGGUCUCCUUGCCUUUGCUCAUGGGUCAUCAACACCCCUUGAGGAGACGACAUUCACUCAGCGUUUUCGGACCGAUGAGGUGCAUGCAAUCUGGAGGGAGAAACAUGAGUCAGGUGACAUGAAUGGUCUUGUGGAGGGAGGAAUUUAAAUUGCUAUUAAGGUUUCAGUGCUUGUUGCAUGUCCCAACUCUGGCUCUUGAAGGUACACUAAAGAUUUAUGUAUGUCAUGAUGUAAUAUGGUUACCAGGAAGGUUAAGAAGCAACUUAUUCCAUGUUCUAAAUAUUUUAUUUGCAAAUUAUUUCUUACAUUGAAAUCUCCCUA